AUGGCGAAAGGGGGAAGCUUGGAGGAGAGGUGGUUUUUGGAUAACAUCAAAUGCAAAUUAGGGGAGGGAAAACAAACCAAAUUCUGGAUCCAUCCUUGGGCAGGGACGACACCCCUUAGAUUUACCUUUCCUAGGUUUUUUCAUCUGUGUGAGAAUAAGGAUGUUAAUGUGAGCGACUUGGGCAGGUGGGAAAAUGGUAGGUGGAUUUGGGAGCUGAAAUGGAGGAGAGAGCUCUUUGAUUGGGAGCGGGGAGGGGGGGCGACUAACUCUUUACUUUCGGUCAUUUCUGAUGUUUGUCCAAGUGCAGGAACUGAUGAUCAGUGGAUUUGGUGUGGAGCUAAAGAUGGCAGUUUUUCCACAAAAACUGCUUACAUGGCGAUCAAGGCUUCAAGGAAUGCAAUUGCUCUAGCGGUCAUCAACGAGAAGGAGUUGGCAAUGGUGUGGGACACACCAGCUAUCCACAAAGCUCGAGUGAACGCGUGGAGAAUUAUGAGAAAUAGAAUGCCGACAUACAACAAUCUUGGGAAAAGAAGUGUGCCGCUGACAACGGAGGAGAUGACGUGCAAUGCUUGUUUUCAUUCACCCGAAUCGGCUAACCACAUCUUCUUGUCUUGCCCAAAAUCCGAAAGGGUGUGGGAUGAAGUGCAAAGGUGGAUGGGGAUCACCUCAGCGAGACCUAGGCUUAUUGCUUCUCACUUCGUUACGUUCAUUCACAUGGGAAGGGGGAAAAGAAUUGAGAAGUUGCUCAAGGCGAUUUGGAUGUGUACCAACUGGAUUUUGUGGAAACGGAGGAACGAAAGCCGCUUCGAGGGCAGGCCGUGGACAAUUAAUAGUGUGAUUUCGGAAAUUAAGGCUAGGAUUUGGAGUUGGAAUUAUGAGUUUUGUAUCGUGGAGAAGGGGUUGAGUUUUUCCUCUUGGAGCUCUAAUGACCUCCUUCUCAAAUUGAUGUAG